UAACAGCAUGCAUCGGAAGUUACAUAUCGCAACGUGAACCGGAAAAACAGUAAAGGAAUAUCCGGUGACGUCUCAUAACGAGGAGCAGCAGAAAGCAGGAAAUGAUGGAGAGAGUAAAUGCGCAAUAAUUUAGGUAUACAUACCUCACGCUAGUGCUGGAAAAUGUGUUUUCAAGAUCGUCUUCAGAUAAUAUACGGGUGUCUGGGAUGAGGCUAGUUGCUGGGUUGCUAACAACUAAGCUAGCUCUUGCCUUUUCAUGACACUUUAUUAUUAUUUGGGGUGUAAUAUGUAAUAAUAAACUAACGUAAAAACUAAAAUUACCCUAUCGUUAUUUACAGGUAUACGGUAGAGCUGACAGACAAAGUUAAGGUUGUUUAGUUCAUGUUUAACUCGUUAUUUAUGUAAGUUAAUAGUUAAAAAAAAAAAACUUAAAAGUUGAUUGGAGGAAUUGUGUAUGAAACGUAACGUGCAACUGAUAAUUUAUUUACUCUGAUUAAGGUUUAAAAGUCCUGAAAUACAAUUUUAAGAUCCUUUUACAUCACUCCAGUAUUUCCAUUUAAUGCCAAACAAAAAUUAUAUUUUACUUAACACUUUAGUAGCCUAUUAAUAGUGACUAAGUCUUUUUUUUUUUUACUAUCGUAAGUAAAAGAUCAGCUGUUUGGCUUAGAAUAAGCACUAAGGGGAAGUGUGGUUUACCCUUUUUUAUUGCUUCCCUCAGAUCUGCUAUCUUUAAUGCAGUGCUUCUCAAACCCUGGGCUGUGGAUGUGGAUAACCAGGUGAAAAAUAUAAAACAAAAUUAAGGUGAACUAGAAUAUAAUAUGAUUUUUUUUUUAAGUUAAUGAUUGAUAAAACUGUGGGGCGUUUGGUACGAACCUUCUUAAAGUGGGGCAUGCCAGAGAAAAGUUGAAACCUGGUUCGAUAAGUUAGCUGCUCCAUCUGUGAAAAUGUGGAGCACCUGUACAGCACUAGUCUUUGCUCUGGUGGCAGCAUCUAGCUUCACACCUGCAUAUGUCCUGGAGUUGUGCCAAAAUAUAAGUCCUGAGUGUCACAGUGACCACAACACCGCAUCAAACAGCCAAUCGUCAUCGCACACUGUGAAGUCCAAGUGGACCUUGAAUGCUUCAAGCCUCAUGCACGACCUCAACCAGUUCAGAGUCUCCUGCAAGAAGCUAUUGGAGGCACUCCCAAUCGACAAAGAUGAUGGCAACUUUGUUCGUACUGUGAAGAACUGCAUAUUUUCCAAGUCCAUUCCAACCCCACUGAAAGGUCCAUUGAGGUUGACAGCAGCGUCUAAGGAUGUCAUCGAGGGGAUCUUAGAUUUAGAUGCGUCAGUGACUCGGUCAGGUGAUUUUCUGCAUUAUGCGAGUGGUGGCAGACUACUGCCGGGGUCUGUGCCACUUGCUCACAGAUAUGGAGGUCAUCAGUUUGGCUACUGGGCAGGCCAGCUGGGUGAUGGUCGAGCUCAUUUCCUUGGUCAGUAUUCAAACAAAAAGGGAGAGGUAUGGGAACUCCAGCUUAAAGGAUCUGGAAAAACACCAUAUUCAAGGUCAGGAGAUGGUCGUGCUGUAAUCCGGUCUUCUGUCAGGGAGUUCCUGUGCAGUGAAGCGAUGCAUUUCCUGGGUGUUCCCACCAGCAGGGCUGCCAGUCUGAUUGUCAGUGAGGAGCCAGUGUUGAGGGAUCAGUUCUACAGUGGAAAUGUGAAAGCAGAGAGAGGAGCUGUUGUUCUGCGAUUGGCCAAGUCAUGGUUUCGGAUUGGAUCCUUAGAAAUUUUGUCUCAAAGUGGAGAAAUAAAUCUUCUGAGAAAGCUGUUGAACUUUGUGAUAGACGAACAUUUUCCUUUUAUAAAUCCAGACAACCCAGAAAAAUAUUUGGUGUUUUUUUCCACAGUUGUAAAUGAAACGGCACAUCUGAUUGCCCAGUGGAUGUCAGUCGGUUUUGCACAUGGUGUGUGCAACACAGACAACUUCAGUCUUCUUUCUAUCACCAUCGACUACGGACCCUUUGGCUUUAUGGAGUCAUAUAACCCCAAUUUUAUCCCCAACACAUCUGAUGAUGAAGGCAGGUACAGCAUUGGUGCUCAGGCAAAUGUUGGCCUCUUCAAUCUAGAGAAACUCUCGGUGGCUCUGAUUCCUGUGCUUACACAGACACAACAGAAACAGUAAGAAUACCACAACAUCACUUUGUCUC